AAUGUGCUUAUCCCAUUCGAUGAAUCAUUGAUCGUGGUGGAUAUCGCGAGGAAAUUCAAAUCACAUUACUGUCAUGAUGGAAAGAAUUGGAGUUAUUGGAUCGAGAAUAUCUUUGUUAUGUCCAGCGAAUACUACGGGCUUAAGCACGAAAGAACAUAUUGUCAGGCAUCAAUUAAAACAAAUAUUUACCCCAAUGUCUUGCGGAAAAUAAAAAAAGAGCUCCAGAAAAAUGAACAAGUAAACAAGGAGCUGUUCAACAGGGAAAUAUCUGAGGAGCUCAUAAAGCUUCUCGGAAAACUCCAACUCAAAAAUGUUGCUAAAGGUUCUCCAUUGACCUCGGGGAUAUUCAAAACGCGCG